AUGGCUGCCUCCACUUCAUCUAGAUCGUCCAAACCAUAUUUCUCACAGGGGGAGGCCUCUAGCCAUCAUGGAAGGAACCAAGAGAGCACAAGUGAAGCUGUGAAUGCAUAUUACUCUGCAGCGUUGAUGGGUCUCGCUUAUGGCGACACCCAUCUUAUUGCAACAGGAUCAACUCUUGUAGCAUUGGAAAUGCAUGCAGCUCAAAUGUGGUGGCAUGUAAGAGAAGGAGAAAACUUGUAUGAUGAAGAUUUUGUGAAAGAGAAUAGAAUAAUGGGUGUUCUUUGGGCUAAUAAAAGAGACAGUGGUCUUUGGUUUGCUCCACCAGAAUGGAGAGAAUGUAGGCUUGGAAUUCAGGUUCUGCCAUUGUUGCCUAUAACAGAGACAUUGUUCUCUGAUGUUGGUUAUGUGAAGGAGCUUGUGGAAUGGACAAAGGCAAAUUUGAAUAGGAAAGGUGUUGGUGAAGGGUGGAAAGGCUUUAUCCAUGCCAUGGAAGGAACUUAUGAUAGAGAAAGUGCAUUGCAGAAGAUAAGAAGCUUGAAGGCUUUUGAUGAUGGAAACUCUCUAAGCAAUUUGCUGUGGCGGAUUCAUAGUAGAGGUGAUGUUGUUGAGGAAGAGUUUGAUCAUGGAAAACAUUAUUGUUGGUUUGACCAUUAUUGCCAUUAG